GCUUGUUGAUACUCACCAUGGCCCAAAGAGGGCAUGACCAGAUCCUAGAGGCCUAUGAAUCGUCCCUGGCUGAAAAUCAGCACCUGAAAAGCUGCAUGAGGAAACUGGAAGAUCGUCUCCAACAGCUUAUGAUGGCCAGAGAAGAAUGCAUUUAUCAACCCUCUUCAGAGACCCCUGGUUGUUGGCGCAAAAGUAAAAAGUGGACACAAGAUGACCUGCGACGGGAGAGGAAGGCUUUGGAAGAGGAGAAGAAACACUUUCAGGCAGCGAAGAAGGAUUUAAAGAACACGGACAAACAACUGAGCGAGACCAAGGUCAAUUUAGUGAAGGAAAGCAUGAACCUGCAAGUGGAAAAGACCCAGCUGAGGGACGAGAAGAAGAGGCUGGAAGAAGUGAAGAAAACGCUCGAAGAGGAGAAGACCAAGAUGAAAGAAGCAACGCAAGUCGUAAAAGAGGAGAAGCAAAAACUCGCUGAAGAAAAGAAAGAAAUGGCAAAAAGCAAGACGAUGCAAGAAAGCAGACGAGGCCUGGAGAAGGAAAUCGCAAAAGUGGAGUCAGAGAAAAAGAUGCUGGCAAAAGAAAAGGAGAAAAUGAAGAAGAUGGACAAGGAGUUCCAGCUGGAGAAAAAAGAGCUGAGAGAGUUAAAAGCGCAACUCGGACAAGAACAGAAAGAGCUGCAGCAGGAAAAGGAAAAGCUCCAGGCCACGACCAAAGACCUGCUGCAGGAACAGAAGCAUCUGAAGUUAAUCCGAAAAGAACUGGAGGAAGAAAAGCAGAAGUUUGUCUGUAAAAAAUCCAGACUUCAAGCGAUGGCUGAAGAGCUGCAAUUAGAGAAGAAAGUGUUAGAGGAGAGCAAAAAGCAGCUGGAGGAAGGAAAGGAGGCUUUGCAAAAUGCAACAGAAGUGGACAAGAAGAUGAAGAAAGAGAAGAAAAAGAGGGAGAAGCAGACAAAGAACCAGGAGAGAGGAGAGAAGACGGGAAGAGGCACGAGCACUUUCUGGAAGUGGAUCAAGAAGAACCGCAGCAGCAGGAAGGCAGAGGAAGCUGCUGGUUCUCGGCAGGAGUAGUUCUGCUCAGAUUCCCUCAUCCUCUUCCACCGCCUCAGCUUCCCAUGCUGCCUUCAUCUGCUAAAAAUCCAAUAAAAAAGCAAAACAUUUCAA